AUGGCUGGUGACAACGUUAACAACAAUUCCGAUACUGAUCAUGAUGGUACUAUUCCCCGUGACGAGGUGGAUCCUCCUGUGGUGAACAUUAAUGCACCUUCGGCUACUUCGAGUACUAAUAAUGAUGCUAUGAUCAACGUGGCUAGUACAGGUCCAUCGGCACAGACCGGUGCGACGACAUCAACAUCAACGACUAAUAACUUUAGCGCCAUGCCUAACAUCCAGACGACUUCUUCAACAAGCUCUCCGGUUGUAGUAUCUACGGCUUCUAGUGAGUCUAUUCUUCCUGCUAGGACGAAGCGACUCUUUGUGCCCGUUCCUGAGAAGUUUGCUAAUAAGCCAACGGACAAUAUACGUGACUGGUUUGAAGCUUAUGAGCUCUAUACCUACGGUAAUCUCUAUGAUGAUCGUGCUCGUGCCCGUUUUCUGGGUGCAUUCCUUACUGGUGACUCUGCUAAUGUUUGGAAGACUCAGUGCUCUAAGGUUAAUUACGAAGCUGACAAGGCAAUUCUCAUUAAGACUUUUGAGAAGUGUCGAUUGCCUGAUGAAGCUUGGAGUCGGUUUGAUAACUACCAGUGGGAUCGCAUCCAACCAUUGUCGGUUUAUGCAGCUGCCCUGUCACGAUACUUGAACGAGUACAACGACUUGCUGAAGCCUGAUUGUCGACUUUCACUACCUGCCAGAGAGACUCUUUUGGUUGAGAAGUUAUCUAAGUUGGCUACAGGCGCGGCGAAGGCUGAGAUUCGUCGGGCCCGUCCUCGGAGUGCUGCCGAUGUUUGUGACCUUUUGGGUGCCUACGUUGACAACAGUGAUCAGACUGGUAUUAAUGCUGUCCGUUCUAUAGAACCUAAGUUAGAUGCCAGCAUUGAGAUGUUAUCCAAGCUACUUGGUGCCUUUGAGGGUGCCCAGUCGCGACAAGUUGAGCAGUUUGAUCGACUUUGCGCCGUUUUGGGUAAUCCACAGCCAAAAGGCCAACCUAAUGGACAAGCAGUACAAAAUGGUCAACAACGACGACGAGGUGUUCGUAGAUGUGGUAUUUGUUCUGGCCCUCAUCUAACUCUGGAGUGCUUCCACAAGAAGUUUACUGUUGGUUGUGCUAUUUGUGGGAACACUGAGCACUUCGCCCGUAAUUGCCCGUUGCGUACUACCUUCUUGGCUGGUCUUCAAGGUAAUCCGCCUUCCCCGCCGGGAAACUAAUUCGACGACCGGAUUGCGGCUCCCGGUCGUCGGCACCGAUAUCUUUCUGUACUUUUGGCGAGUCUAAUGGUCCUUUUAUUUUUGCCCGUGUGAAUGCUGGAGAUGCCUGUUCUCCCGUUAUCAGGGCUCUGAUUGACUCUGGUGCUC